UCAUGCUGAGUGCUCGACGUGCCUCAACGCAGGAUCCUUCGUCUCAUGCGGACACUUUGGCCUUGGAUAUGUAGCGAAUAUGAUUUAUGCUCACCAGGUAUCUUCGGCGUUAUAUAAUGUGUAGUCCUUUCAUCCAAGCAUUGCUAUGGUCUCUGCUUCCGCCAUGCCUCGCACGUGAUCAUAUGGGUGUAUAUGGGUGCUGCGGCGAUUCCGCUCAACCACUAAUAACUGUCUUCCACACGCAGUCCGCAGAGUUCGAGUGCCCUUGGACCGAGAAGCUCUGUGGACAAAAGGUCGACACUGCUUGGUAUAGAUACACGAGGUCCCUCACCGUUCCUUCCAUUCGAUGCUCCACCAUAUUGUCUCGCACUGCCCCAUAGAAGGCUCUGCGAUACCCUUGGCUUUCACAGAUGUGACUCUGUACAUUUCUUCCUGCCGAGUAGCCAUGAUGUUACACAGUUACAG